AUGGCUUCUGAGGUCGCUGCUGCUCCAAAUGUUUCGGAGGGCACACCUGUUGUCGCUGCCAACACUCUUACCCCGCCAUCCGCCGCAGCUCCGGCUUUGAACACGCCCUCUGCUCCGUCUUCUGUCUCCACUGCAACUCCCAAUGCCAGCCCCGCUAGUCAACCCAAUACCUCACUAUAUGUUGGCGAGUUGGAUCCUACUGUCACCGAAGCCAUGCUCUAUGAAAUAUUCAGCAUGAUCGGUCCUGUUUCCAGUAUCCGGGUGUGUCGUGAUGCGGUGACUAGGCGUUCGCUUGGUUACGCUUACGUCAACUACUUGAAUGCUGCUGAUGCCGAACGUGCCUUGGAGCAACUCAACUACUCGCUCAUCAAGAACAAGGCAUGUCGAAUUAUGUGGUCGCAGCGCGAUCCUUCUCUUCGUAAGACUGGGCAGGGCAACAUCUUCAUCAAGAACUUGGAUGAAACGAUCGACAACAAGGCCCUGCACGAUACUUUCGCUGCCUUUGGUGACAUUCUGUCAUGCAAAGUUGCCAUGGACUCAACUGGUGCCUCUAAAGGUUACGGUUUUGUUCACUAUGUCACUGCCGAGUCAGCUGAAGCGGCUAUCAAGGGUGUCAACGGUAUGCAAUUGAACGACAAGGUGGUCUUUGUCGGGAUCCACGUUCCUCGACGUGAACGACAAGCUAAGAUCGAUGAAGUUAGGGCCCACUUCACCAAUCUCUAUAUCAAGAACUUGCCCACCGAGGUCACCACCGAGGAACUCAACGAGAUGUUCAGCAAGUAUGGCCCAGUCACCUCUGCUGCUGUCCAGGCUGACGAAUCUGGCAAGCAUCGUGGAUUUGGUUUCGUCAACUACGAGAAUCACGAAUCCGCUAGCAAGGCCGUCGAAGCCCUCCACGACAAAGACUACAAGGGCAACAUCCUCUACGUCGCCCGUGCUCAAAAGCGUGUUGAGCGUGAUGCUGAGCUUCGACGAGCUCAUGAGCAGCAAAAGUACGAGACGACACUCAAGUACCAAGGUGUCAAUCUCUACAUCAAGAACUUGGAUGACGAGUACGACGACGAGAAGCUUCAAGCCGAGUUCUUACCUUUCGGUACCAUCACGUCUUGCAAGGUCAUGAAGGAUGACAAAGGUGUCUCUCGUGGUUUCGGAUUCGUUUGCUUUUCUGCUCCUGACGAGGCUACCAAAGCCGUGGCCGAGAUGAACGGCAAGAUGCUUGGAUCGAAGCCAUUGUAUGUCUCCCUCGCUCAAAGGAAAGAUGUACGAAAACAACAACUCGAGGCCCAGAUGUCCCAGCGGGCUCAAAUGCGCAGUCAACAAAUUGCUGCUGCAGGUAUCCCUGGUGCGCCCUAUGGUGCCCCACCCAACCAAAUGUACUAUGGUGGGGCUGCCGCAUACCCUCCUCCUGGGCGUGGUAUGGCCUAUCCUCCCAAUGGCAUGCCGGCUGGUAUGCCACCUCGUCCUCGUUACGCUCCUCCAGGACAAAUGCCACCCAUGGGUAUGCCUGGCGCACCUCACUAUCAGCCGCCUCAAGGAUACCCUGGCUAUCCUGCAGGUGAUCCCGCAUUCCCUGGAGCCGACCAUGCAUACCCCGCUGGCGACCCUGGAUAUCCCGCUGGUGGCCCCGCUCCUGCUGGAUCGAUGAGAGGUAUGCCCGGUCCACCCGGUGGGCCUGCCCCUGCUGGGUUCCGUGGACCCGGCGGUCCAAAUGGUCCUCCAAUCGGUCGCAAUGGUAUGCCACCCGCCGGAGGUAUGCGAGGGGCUCCACCUCAAUCGCGUGACCCAGCCUACCAUCAGCCUUCGACCUUAUCGGGUCGAGCUACCAGUCACCGUGCUCCGGAAGCUCCACAGACAGGAUUGAGUCCGGCUGCCUUGGCCAAAGCGAGCCCAGCCGAACAAAAGCAAAUGCUUGGUGAAGCCCUUUACCCACAAAUCGCCGAGAAGCAACCAGAGAAGGCUGGGAAAAUCACCGGAAUGAUUUUAGAGAUCGACAAUGCUGAGCUACUUCACUUGUUGGAGAACACAACUGCUCUCGAUGCCAAGGUCUCGGAGGCUGUUCAAGUCUUGGAUGAGUACGAGCGCAAGGAUGGAAAGACUGAUCAAUAA